GGGGGAUGUCACACUGAUCGACCUUGGUGAAGUGGACGAUGAUCACUCGCUGCAACCAAGGCACAUACUACUAUCAGUGUACUAUGAGUUGGCAGUUGAGCGGUGGACGGCGUGACGCAAGGAUGAGCAGUGAGGCGCUCUUCCCUUCCCUCGGGGCACUGGAACAUGUGCUGACGGUCGCAGGAGUCUUGGCAGUGUCCAAGAUCCUCCUGCAGCUGCUGUGGAGUGUGGGCAGCGGCGUGAGGAUCCACUUCUGGUCGCGGCUGUGGAAGAAGCGGCUAGUGGAAGACUAUGGGCGGUGGGCAGUGGUGACGGGCAGCACUGAUGGCAUCGGGAAGGAGUACGCCAAGGAGCUGGCCAGGAGGGGCAUGAACCUGGUCCUCGUCUCGCGCACCAUGGAGAAGCUGCACAAGGUCUCGGCGGAAAUUGUGCGGGAGUUCGGCGUGCAGACGGAGGUGAUACAGGCUGACUUCAGUGGCGGUCGUCCCAUCUAUGAAGACAUCGCCAAGGGCCUGCAGGGCAAGGAGAUUGGGAUCCUGGUGAACAACGUCGGGGUCUUGCUGUCUGAACCCCAGGAGUUCGGGGACGUGUCUGAGAAGGACAUCUGGAGCCACGUCAACGUCAACGUGGCCUCGGUGCCCGCCAUGACCAAGCUGGUGCUGCCGGGCAUGCUGAGGCGAGGCCGCGGUGCAAUAGUCAACGUGUCCUCCAUCAGCUCACUAUGUCCUGUCCCCAUGAUCGGCAUCUACUCGGCCACCAAGGCAUUCGUGGACUUCUUCUCCCGCGCGCUGCAGUGUGAGUACCGCAACUCAGGAAUCACCGUGCAGACUCUCAUCCCCAGUUAUGUCUCCACCAACAUGACCAAGUACUGUGACCUCGUCCAUAAGCCCGGCGUGUUCAUCCCCACCGCCCCGACCUACGCCUCCAGCGCCAUAAACACCCUGGGCUACGCGCACCACACAACGGGCUACUGGUCUCACAGCCUGCAGGCUUACUUCUUCAACCUCUGCCACCACCGGCUCCUGAUACCCCUGGUCGGGAAGUGGUAUCAGAUACAAAAGGACGGAAUGAAGAAGAAUCAGGAGUAAUAUGGCAAGGCGGAAAUUUCAAUAUACUUAAAACAAUCGAUUGUCCUCUAACUCGAAUUUUUGUCCGGCGAUUUUCGCUUAACGCGGACUAAAAAUGCAAAAGGAAAGUCUCUUGUUACGCGACCAAGAUCCGCUCUAACAUGAUUUUUCGCUUUGGUAACACAUGCCCGCCACGCCACCCCUCACGAGUCAUGCAUUCAAACUGAACGACUAUUUUCAUUGAAUCGUGUGUAUCCGGUCGUUUUUUUUUUUUUUUUUUUCAAAUAA